AUGCCUCAAACCUUCCUACUCCAGUCCACCUUCAUCCCGGCCUACAAAAGCCCAGGCAAACGCGUACCGCGAUUUACUACAGUGCCCUCUUACUUUGGGGUUCGUGCCUUCUUCGUCAUGAGCACUCCUUUAACACUUUCAACCCUGAACAACGACAUCUUGGUCGAGAUCUUGGGCUUCCUCGCUCCUGAGGACAUUGCCAGAGCCCGCCAGGUCUGCCGAUCCCUGAUGAUCGCUGCCCAACAGGGGACCGUUUGGCGGUCGGUAUACCAGCGCUCUAGGUUAUUGUUACCCGACGGACCUUAUUCCCACCACCAACCCCGGGACCUUGAACGUCUUUUAAUUCGGUCAUCGCAACUUUACAAGACCUGGGGUCCGAACCCUUCUCAGGGCCAACGGAUCAACAGCAGACUCACAUAUCCACGCGAAUUACCGACGUAUAGCUUCGACGCCCAGGUCAUAUCUGGUCGUUACCUGCAGUUGGCCGAAGACGGUGUCAUAUCGUGGUAUGACCUUGACGGGGAUUGCACUGCCCCUCUUUUGGUUUUCGAUUGUCCUUACAUCGCGACCAUACCGGGUUUCUUGAAAUUUCAAACCAAUGCCCAAGGUGAAGGCGAAGACUCGGUUUGGGUUACCUUCAUUCGCUCGUAUCCCAUGGACAUAGUGGUACUCAAAGUCAAGUUUGGCUCGCAACCUACAGUUACACUGGAAGCCACGUUGCCAGCAGCCAGUGUGGUUGAGGUUCAAUUAGCCAACGACUACGUCCUUCCUGUGAAAGAGUUCCAUUCGCGUGAUGAACCGUUGGAGCUCUUUCACAUCCCUUCGAAGGGGGUUUAUCACGUUCCCAGACAUGCAUCCGUGCAGAGGGUGUAUGACCUGGGACACAUCACCUAUCUUUUCUCUCCAAACCACCUCUUCGCCUUGUAUCCCCACAAAUCCGACACACAUAUCGAAGCGUAUCGUCUACCGAGCGCAGAAGAUUCGAUCGCAGACCACACCGUUCUCCAAACCCACAGCGGCGUGUACCCCCAUUUAAUGUCAAGGACAUGUGUCUUUCAGCGAGCACCUAACGAUCCUCCUUCAACGCCGCAAUCGAUGCCCUAUGACGAUGAAGUGACGUUCCUCUCCGUUGUCUGCGCGAGUGCACCGUUCCAGAGCCGUGCACGAACCCCAGAGCUUAAUCUUCACCUCUUGGACGCCAAGCUGCUCCCCUCAGGGAAGAUCGACUUCGCAAAAAGGUGCUCUGAGCAUGUCCCUGUGGGGUCAUUCACGCCCACGACCCUGGUCUCCACCUCCCGCAGCGGCUCCGGCUUUGCGAUCAUUCACGCUCCUCAUUCUCUUACCUCCGUCUAUUACAUCCAGCACCAGGAUGGCAUGCAGCCUUCGAUCGUGCAGCACGCGCUCAAGAUUCCGACUGGGUUGCAAGAUGGCCACCUGUUGGCUUUCGAUGGGUAUCGUGGGAGGGUGUGCUGGAUAAAUGGUUGGCAUGAUGAGUGGUCUCAGAUUGAUGUGGUAGACUAUGUUGCUUGA